GGGGGGGGGAAAGCCGGCCUCGGAGAGCCGCGCGCGCCAUGCAGGUCCCGCAGCUCCCCGCCUCGGCCUCGCGCCUGCCGCCCCCGCGGCACGGCCAGCCGCAGCCCCAGUGAGGAGGAAGAGGCGGAGGAGGAGGCGCCGCCCCCUUGGCGAGCUCGGCACCCGGGCGGCCUUGGCAGGACCCAUGGCGGAUCUCUCGCCUGCGCCGGCCCUGCGGGAAGGCGGCCCCCGUGCGCACCGGCCCUCGGCGCCCUCCCCUCCGCCGCGCUCCCGUUCCGCCUCGGAGCCCGAGGAGGCCGAGCUGUCGCUGAGCCUGGCCCGCACCAAGACCCGCUCGUACGGCAGCACGGCCAGCGUGCGGGCGCCUCUGGGCGCCGGCGUCAUCGAGCGCCAUGUGGAGCACCGGGUCCGCGCCGGGGACACGCUUCAGGGCAUCGCGCUCAAGUAUGGAGUUACGAUGGAACAGAUCAAAAGGGCCAACAAACUGUUUACCAAUGACUGUAUAUUUCUGAAGAAAACUUUGAGCAUCCCAAUUGUAUCAGAGAAGCCUUUGGUGUUUAAUGGACUUAACUCCAUUGAUUCUCCAGAAAAUGAAACUGUUGACAGCAGUUUUUGUCAUGAAGACAAGCCUGUAGUGUCUGAGGAAGAACUGCCCCCUCCCAGUCCUCAGGACCCGGACCCCAAGCCUGCGCAGCCUGAGGAAGUGUCUGCCAGAGAUUUCUUGCAAAGACUUGACUUACAGAUUAAACUAUCAACACAGGCAGCCAGGAAACUCAAAGAAGAGAACAGGGAUGAAGAGAGUCCUUAUGCUGCUUCUCUUUAUCAUAGCUAGUGACCAGCCGACUGACUAAUCUGGAGCACGAAAUGGCUGCACCCUAAAGAAUCCACGGCUCUGCCUCAGGAGCAGCACUGCUCCUGGACUCCCAUAGCGCACCUAUGAGCCACAGUUAAGCAGACCAACUGCAGCUGCCCCGACGUGAUCAGCUCCUCUGGCUUGCUAUAGUUAAGUCUUCUUAUGGCAUGAUAGCAAAACUGUAUUUAUUCUAAAGCCUAUCACUUUUAUAGAUGGUGUUAGUUUUAGAUCAGCUUUUGUAGAUACAAAAAGCAUCAGAGACUCUUUAUAUAUUUAAGCCAAAAGCUAUGUUUAUUUCCUGAUGAGCUCCUAAAUGUAUGGAUAACAUGGUGGCUGUAAAGUGAUUAUGCAUUUGCUGUGUGUUUAUAACUCAAGUGCUAUAGUAUAUAUUUCAAUAUUACAUAUUCUGUACUAAUGUAAAGAACCAAAUUUUGUCUGCUAUUUUGUAAAAGUAAACUACAAAUGUCUGGAUGAGAAAAUAAAGUAUGUUUUCACACA